UAUGUAAAUGAAGGGAAAGUAUAUGGCAGCAUUCUGACAAAAGUAAUUUUAGCAAGGGCAAAACAAAACAGCAACUCCAAAAACAGAAUGGCGUUAAGAAUAUAUUUGUUAUCAAGAAAUUGUUGGGUUUCACCUGUUCAUGUGUUUGCAUUAACACAGCGUUCUGCACAUUCGGAUAGUAGUGAUGUUACUGCUUUUCAAGAAAAAAAAUUUCCAAAAAUAUCAUCAGACAUUCAUUCAUUAAAAAGAGGAACUGGAGGACGAUCAUCUUUCAAUGGCAAAAUUGCAACUGUAUUUGGAGCUUCUGGAUUUUUGGGUCGUGCUGUAGUAAAUCAAUUAGGGAAGAUUGGCACUACGGUUGUUAUUCCAUAUAGAGGUGAUCCAUACCUUAUUAAUCGGCUGAAACUUUGUGGAGAUUUAGGGCAGAUAUAUUUUACGCCUUUCUAUUUGAAAGAUGAAGAUACUUUGUAUAAAUCAAUGAAGUAUUCAAAUGUUGUCAUUAAUCUCAUUGGACGGGAUUUUGAAACAAAAAAUUUCCCUUUUGAAGAAGUGCAUGUCAAAGCUGCGAGAAAUAUAGCUCGUAUAGCAAAAGAACUUGGUGUUGAAACUCUUGUUCAUGUGUCAGCCUUGAAUGCAAGGGAAAAACCAGAACCUAUAAUCCUUAAGAAGGGAUCCAAAUUUUAUGCUACAAAA